UUUCGUUCUGAAAGUGUCAAACUGCAACUCUGCAGAAAAAAAGGAAAAAACGCAUCGCGCCAGGCAACAAAAAAACCACUCGCAAAAAAAUUCGGUCGCGUUGUUUCUCAUUCGUUUGGCUUCCUCUGUGAUCGGAUUGAAGCGUCCGCAUUUUGUUCGCAUGCGAAAAACAAAAAAACAUUCCUGUGGCUGUGCUGUUCGCGUUGUGAUUUAUUUGCCCUGAAAAGUAUCUAGGUACAAAAACAAUCGUCACUUGCCGCCGCCAAACAAAAUGGAAACCCGCGCCUCGAUAAGCCACAAUCCGACGCCCCAAGCGACGAAAGUGGCCGCAUCCGGUCCCAACGUGUGCCGUGUCUGCCUGCUUAGCGGAGGAGCGACCAUGGCCCCGAUGGAAUCCAUUUUCAGCCCCGUCAGCGAUUACGAGGAACAGACCCUGUUCAAUCUGCUGGUGGCCAUUUGUGCUCCUCUGGGGCAAAGGGAAACGCUGGCCAUUGGGGGCGCCCCGGAACGGAUCUGCCUUGGGUGCAAGUGGCGACUGUUGGCCGCCUACGAGUUGCACCGGACUUGCCUGCGCAGUGACGAUAAGCUGCGGGAGCGAAUUGAAGCCAUCAGGAAGAAGCAACAACCAGUUCCCGAGGGCGAAAUCCGAAUCAAGCAGGAAGUGCUGGACCCAGAUGAGCAAGACUUCAACCAAAACUCCACCGUUGAUGCGACAAAUUUCUCAUUCUUGCUUUCGGAUCACUAUUUGCCGGAGGCGGAAAGUACAAUGCAAAACAGCGAGCUGCUUGAGGAAAUGGCCCCCGCCGAAGAGGAAGUGGACCCGAAUGAGACGCUCUUCGAAGAGAACUACAAAACAAACGACAAGGGUGGCCACAUCUGCGGGAUUUGCGAGCAGGAAUUUACGUACAAAAGUCAGUGCCGGUCGCACAUCAUUACCAAACACGACCCGGCCAAGCCAUUCAAAUGUGACGUGUGCCAUUACACUUUGACGACGGAACUCCGUCUCAUAAGACACAAAGCCAUAACCCACGGAGUGGGAGUGUUAAAACCUGACGAUCAUUCCGAGGAAAUCGACGAAGCCGGUGAAACGAUCUACACCUGCAAAAUAUGUACCAAAACGUUCAAUUCUCUUGUCCGUUUCAAGAAGCACAAAAGCGUCCACGUGGCAUACAAUCGGCCUUUUAAGUGUGAUAUUUGCUUCUAUCGGUUCCCAAACCGGUCCCAAUUGACCCAGCAUGCCAAAGUACACCAGGAGAAGUCGGCCGAGGAUCAGGACAACGAUUGGCCUUGUGAGUAUUGCGAAGAGAAACUUCCUGGGAAGCGGGCCCACACGAUGCACGUUCGCCGGUUCCACCCGCAGGAGUUGCAGAACUCGGAAAACAAAGACCGAAACGAGUACAAAUGUAUCAUAUGUUCGGAGGCAUUCGCGCGGGAAAGUGUCCUGAACACGCACAUGAAAAUGCACGAACUGCUGGUGUUUGAGAAGGAGCGCGAGCAACGCCAAGAGUUGGAACUGCUCAUCAAGAAAGAAUCCCAAGCUCACUUCGGCGGAGGUGGUGCUAGUGGCCAGAGCGAACUCAUGGUGGCCGCCAGCAGUUACGAUAUGUCCUCGAUUAACGUCAAGAAGAAAAGCGAUGCCGACGUGGCGUUCGUUUGCAUGAUCUGCGAACAGGAGUUCGAGGAGCGAGAGUUACUGCUUCGGCAUCAGCGAAAACUUCACAAGGAGCUAGAGUUGAAUAUCGUUUCCGGAGCGCAGGAUGGGCAGCAACAGGCUCAAUCGGCAGACUCGACUUCCCCGAUGAAUGACUUCACGGACAGCUCGUUCGCCGUCGACGAUUCGGUGAUGAUCGUAGACCUGGAUCCAGCGCAGCUCCUCGGCCCGAUGGACUCCGAGUCUACCCAAAAGAAUCGUUCCGGUGCCCCCGUGCCCAAAUGUGAUAUCUGCCAUAAGACAUUCAUGUACAACUCUCUGCUGCUGCAGCACGUCAAAAACAGCCAUAGCGAGUCGAAACCGUUCGAGUGCAAGGUUUGCCGGAUGCGCUUCAGCUACCGGGGCCUGCUGCAGAAGCACGAACUUACACAUUCCGCACAGAAUAUCCGACCGGGCGAGCACGGAUCCAUGAUGUUCAAGUGCAAGGUCUGCUCGGCCCAGUUCCUGGAGAUGAAAUCCCUAACGGCACAUCUGAGAAUCCAUCGGCCGGGCGAUGGAAUCGUCGUGUCCAAAAAGGUGAACAUCUUCCAGUGUACCACUUGCCCGCAGGUUUUCAACGAGAAAGUCAAACUGGACGAGCACGUGGCCAAAGUUCACCACAAGCAGCAGCUGCAGCCCGGGGGAACUCACAUGCGCAUUAAGCCGGAUUUCCGUAGGGUUGCCGAACGGCAGCAGCCGAUGAGCGAGAAGGAACGAUUCUUCGGGAGCUUUGGGAUCGUCAAGCUGGAACAGAAGAAAGAUCGGGUUGGAAUGGAAACCUCUUGAGAUGGGGGAGGGUAGAAAGGACGGUUUGUAUUGGAAAGACUUAUUGUUAGUAUUUAGGCCAGUAGAUGUAUCAGUUGAUAAGUAUUUUCCGACUGGGAGACAAAUAGCUAUAGAAUUUGAUUCGCAUGUAGUUAGAAUGCGUUAUAACUACGUGGAUAUAUGUGGAAAACUUUAUAAGUGUAUGAUAUCAUUAUAAUAUAAAGAGGGACUAUAAUAAAGGAAUAUUCAUUUUUAUGCCAUAA